AACAAAACAAGUAACGUUUUCAUGGAUCGAGAUUCUCUAACUUUAUGGCACCAAAGGCGCGGUACCUUUCAGUUCAUAUAGAUCAUCCGAUCGAUCUAAUGAUUUAGAUAAACAGCACAUGGAAUUUCGUGAAGCACAUGAUUCAUCUUGUGGCUUAGAAAGAUUGAAGGUAGGGUACACCUUUGGCGCCAUUAAGUUAGAGAAUCUUGAUCCCGUUUUCAUCUCUCAAUUGUGACAGACAGAAACAGCGAAUUUGUUCUACUAGUAUUUAUUAGUGCUGUUGCUGCUGUUGUUUCAAUUUCAAUUCAAAAACCUUCAACGCUCUUUUUGUUUUUGUUUUUGUGUCGAAACGAACAUAUCCAUGGAUCAGUUACAGAGGAAGCUUCGCGAUUACGAAGCUGCUAUGUUUCAACAGGGUUUUCUGGAUGAUCAGUUCAGUCAGCUUCAGAAACUGCAAGAUGAUAGUAGUCCUGAUUUUGUGAUUGAGGUUAUGACUAUGUUUUUUGAUGAUUCUGAGAAAUUACUCAACAACAUAUCACGUGCGUUAGAGCAAAUACCUGUGAAUUUCAAACAAAUAGAUGCAUAUGUCCAUCAACAGAAGGGAAGCAGUGCUAGUGUUGGUGCUGCUAGAGUUAAAAAUAUUUGUGCAACUUUCAGAAGUUUCUGUGAGGCUCAGAAUAGGGAUGGGUGUGUUAGUUGUCUACAACAAUUGCAAAAGGAAUACUCUCAACUGAAGAAGAACCUUCAAUACCUAUUUAGGCUGCAACAAGAAUUCAAGGCUGCUGCUGGUUCUAUUCCCACGGGGGAGUAAGAGAUGACAUGAUUGCCGACAGUUGAACUCGAGAAAAAGAAAAUGAAGCUUUCGAUUUAGCAGCUGAUUUUGUUCGUUUUUGUUUUUGCUUAAUUAUUCAUUCAGAAUUAGAUCAAGUUUGAAUGUUGGGAUAGUGCUAAUGUGAAUAAGCAUUUCUUGCUUAGUUUGAUACUGUUCGUUAAAUUGCAAGUAUACAAUUUGUCGUCAAGUAGUAAUUAAGAUCGAGUCCGCAGGGACUAUCGAACUUCACACAAAACAAUAGAACCUAACACUUAGUUGCUA